UCACUUUUUUUUUUUUUUAAUUUCACGUCUGGUCAUAUAGCUUUUUGUUUGUCGGGAAAUUUUUCCCAAAGGGCAGAAAACCACUCGAGCAUGGCGAAGAUACUCCGCGGAUAUUUCCCGCAAAAAAACUUUCAGGCGAAAAUCUCUUUACCGCGCUGCCAGGAUUGCCUCUAGUAAUGAAACUUAACGGAAAGGAGGAUAUGAAGGAGAACAAAGAUAUUAGAAAAACGGACAUUAUAAAGAAAGAAAAUAUAUAGAAUAAAAUACGAGAUGUUGCGCGAUGAGAGAGGAAGAUUUGCUGCUGUUUAAAUGACAAUGUAAAACCACGAGAGCCGCGCUUAGAGUGAUCGUGCGUUGAUAGAAUAUCGGAUCGUUUACGAACUUCGUGAAUUGAAAAUCGAAAAUAUGAAUUUCCGCCUUUUUCACGCACUACGUUUCUAGACUUUGGUGCGUACAUACGCGUGCGUGCGGUUGUUGUAUGGAUAUAGUGGAAGUAGACGCGCACGCAGAAUACGAUACACGCGACGAGCGUGCACGUGCAAACGGUGUUGAAGAGAUGCUGGGGAGAGGGGAUGUAGGAGGUUUGAGGUCGCAUUGAUUUUGUCUAGACAGGGUGGAGACUGCUCUCUCUCUCUCGUGGUGUCGUCCUUUGCAUCCACGGUUUGGUAUGCUUGGUCGUCCCGGCGUGGUAUACUUGUCAGUCGGAAUGUUCCGUUCAGUUCUUGCCGAUCGCAUUGCAGCGCGAAGAGGAAAUGUCGCUCUAUCGAGUUCUCCGUUCGGUGAAAUUAAAGGACGAUCGCGCUUAACAAAAUAAAAGAAAGAACUCCCUCGACUCCGAUAAUGCCAGGCGGUACACCCGGUACACCAUCCUCUAAAACGAAGGAAAAGAUAAUGUUGCGAGCGAAAGUCGUAGUGGCUCUGUACCCUUUCCGAGCCAUCGAAGGCGGUGAUUUGUCUCUCGAAAAGGGUGCAGAGUACGAAGUCUUGGACGAUUCCCAGGAGCACUGGUGGAAAGUUAAAGACGAGAAUGGAUCGAUCGGCUAUAUCCCUAGCAACUACGUCAAAGAGAAAGAACUACUGGGACUGCAGAAAUACGAAUGGUAUGUAGGUGAUAUGUCAAGACAACGCGCAGAAUCGCUGCUGAAACAGGAAGAUAAGGAGGGUUGUUUCGUCGUUCGUAAUUCCUCGACCAAAGGGCUGUACACCCUCUCCCUUUACACGAAAGUGCCACAUCCUCACGUGAAGCAUUAUCACAUCAAACAGAAUACUCGUGGUGAAUUUUACCUAUCGGAAAAACAUUGCUGCGGCUCCAUACCCGACCUGGUGAAUUAUCAUAGACACAAUAGCGGCGGUCUGGCCAGUCGGCUGAAGACCAGCCCUUGUGAUCGUCCUGUACCACCGACCGCCGGCCUUAGUCACGACAAAUGGGAGAUCGACCCGGCGGAAUUGCAUUUGCUGGAGGAACUCGGAUCCGGCCAAUUUGGAGUCGUGCGGAGAGGUAAGUGGCGCGGCUCCAUCGACGUUGCCGUGAAGAUGAUGAAAGAGGGAACCAUGUCCGAGGACGACUUUAUAGAAGAAGCUAAAGUAAUGACAAAACUGCAACAUCAAAACCUAGUCCAGCUGUAUGGCGUUUGCAGUAAAGAUAGACCAAUAUAUAUUGUCACGGAAUACAUGCGACAUGGAUCUCUCCUCAACUACCUCCGCCGUCACGAAACCUCUUUAGGUGCAAAUGUUGGCCUCUUAUUAGACAUGUGUAUACAGGUUUGCAAAGGAAUGGCAUAUUUAGAGAGGCAUAAUUACAUACACAGAGAUCUUGCUGCACGUAAUUGUUUAGUGGGAUCAGAAAACGUAGUAAAAGUUGCAGAUUUUGGUUUAGCUAGGUAUGUACUCGAUGAUCAGUAUACCAGUAGCGGUGGCACCAAAUUUCCCAUUAAAUGGGCACCGCCGGAAGUGUUGAAUUACACGCGCUUCAGUUCGAAAUCUGACGUGUGGGCAUACGGAGUACUAAUGUGGGAAGUAUUCACGUGCGGAAAGAUGCCUUACGGUCGCCUAAAGAAUACGGAGGUCGUCGAGCGAGUACAGCGUGGAAUUAUUUUGGAACGACCUAAAGCAUGUUUUAAGGAAGUAUACGAGGUGAUGCGCAAAUGUUGGGCACACUGCCCGGAAGUGCGACCAUCCUUCCGCGUCUUGAAGGAGCAGCUGAUGAGUGUUUCCCAAGGGCUGGUCAACGAUUGACUCAACCUUCUGCGGUGUAUGCGCCUGUCUUCGCCCUCCUGCCGCACAAUCCGACCGACGGCGAAGUCGUCACCGUCGUCGGAACGAUCGUCCUCUGCCGGUCUACCGUCGUCGAAUUUGUCGUAUAAUUCAGCAACGUUGCCGUCGUCACGCAAGAUCCGCGCGCCGGCCUCUCCCCCGUCGCUUUCCACGAUCGAUUUCACUCGUCGUUUCUCGUCGAUCACGUGCAAAUCAAAAGGAGAGGGCUCUUCGUCGCCAAAUACACCCGGGCAUCAAGCUAGUCAACAAAAACCAUCCUCGAGCUCGACUAACAACGUGUGCGACGUUUGCAGUUCCUACGGGCAUCCGUGGAUCGAAAUAUGCAAGGCGAUACGAGCCACUAAAGGUAAAUGAAUGAACGUGUAUGUACGCGCGUGUGUAUAAUUGAGUUUACACUAUUCUAUAUCGCGCUAUUAGAGAACCGCCGUAAUACGGAGAUGUGAUUCUAAACCUCUUCUCCCUUUUCCCCCUCCUUUCCGCCCGUAAACGUAACGCUCAUCUCCUUCGUCUACCUUCCCCUCUUGUUCCCUCUCCAUGCAUCUUCGAACAUUUCGAUGUUCCGGAUGUUACGACUUUAUCCGACAUUAGGAUGCGUGAUAUUGUUGUGUGUGUUUCACAUACUAUUUUUCCCAUAUAAUUUUUAGACUUUACUCUGUAUCGUCAUAAAUACAUUUAUAAAUAGAACAAUAGUAUUUAUUGAUGGCCUUUUGCAACAAAUGCAAUAUAUACAACUUGUGAUUCCGCCUAAAAUAUGUCAUUUUUUUAUUAUUAUCAUUUUGACAAACAGUGACAUAACUUUGAGAAUCAGAGAUACUGUUUUUUGCUUAUAAUAAACCGAUUUAAUAAAUUAA